GGAAAUCAUUUUUGUAUUACUUUGAGGAUGGCGACAAUGGCGAACAUGUGGAUACGGUCAGCUCAAAGACUUUCGAAUAUUACUCAAAUUCAUGCGACUAGACAGGUUUUAAGAAGUGCACACAGGUCAAGAUUUUGGUCAACAACUGCAACAGAUACAAACAGUCAAACAAAUGAUACACCAAAGACAUCAGAAAAUACUGAAUCUAAUGAUGCGACUAAAUCAGAGAUUGCACAAAUAGAGUUAAAAUGGAAAGAAGAAAAAUCAAAACUAGAAGAUGAUUUAAAGUCAUUUAAAGACAAAUAUGUACGGUCGUUAGCAGAAACAGAGAAUGUGAGACAGAGGAUGAUCAAACAAAUAGAGGAUGCUAAAGCAUUUGGAAUACAAGGGUUUUGUAAGGAUUUACUUGAGGUGGCUGAUGUUUUAAACAUGGCAGUUGACAAUGUUCCAAAAGAAGAAGUACCUAAAAAUGUUCAUUUGAAAAACUUAUUCGAUGGUUUAACAAUGACAGAAUCACAGUUACAGAAAGCGUUUAACAAGCAUGGCUUGGUGAAAAUUGAACCAAAAGUAGGAGACAAAUUUGAUCCUUAUGUACAUGAAGCCAUGUUUCAAGUACCCACAGAGAACAAAGAAUCGAACUCAAAUGUUGCUGUUGUCAAUAAAAUAGGGUACAAGUUGAAAGAAAGAACAAUACGACCAGCAAUUGUAGGAGUAUUUAAAGCAUAAGUCAUGUGAUAUUGUAAGGUUAAGUCAUCAUUGAUAUAUUUAAGUUGAAACUUUUUAAUUUUUCAUGUAUUUCAAACAUGUCAAUAAGAUUACCGUAUUCUAUUGGUUUAGAUAACAAGAGAAAGCAGUAUGUUUAGAAAUUGGUCGUGAAAAAGGGCUUUGAUAAGAGAAAUAUGUCACAGAAACAAGGUUUUUCACCAGUUGUUUCAAAAUCAUACCAUAAAUAUGAAAUUACAAACAAGAUGCAAUUGAAAUAUAUUGUUGUUAUCAGCUUGGAUUCAGAACUAGACAGAUAAUCAGUUUCAGUGCAACAAAAAAAAUUUUUUUUUUCUGAAAGUAAUUUUAAUGGGAACAAUUUUGUAUUUCUGAAUCAUUUAGCUCUUUUUCAUAAAAAGAGUAAAGGCUGUACAGUGACCUACUGUUGUUUACAUCUACUUCAUUUGGUCUCUGGUGGAUAGUUGUCUCAAUCUGGGCAAUCUGUCAUACCACAUCAUAUUCUUAUAUAAUGAUAAAAUUAAAUUAAGUACAAAACAUGUUUCUCUAGAACCAAAAAAAAAAUAAUGAACAAAUAAAUGACUUUUGUUCAAUCACUUAAUUUUAAGAAAAAGUAAAUGGAUAGUUGUAGAUUUCUAUAAGUAUUUUUGUGAUUGGCUAACAUAAGUUUUGCGGCUUUAAAAUUAUUUUUUCAUGUGUUUUAACAAUAAUUCAUAAAAGUGCACACUUACAGUUAAUAAUAUCAAAAAUAUGGGUUAGAAUAAAAUAUGAUUUGAUUGUGUACAUUAUUUACAUUGUGUGCAUAUGUUGUAGAUAUUUUCAUUCAUAUUGUGUGUACACUGUACAAAUACUGAUUUGCAAACUACAGGCAAAAUACAUUAAAGCAUUAUUAUUUAGAAUUAUUUCCAUAUCUGACUUUCAUAUGCAUAUGCGGAUGAAGUAUGUUACAAAAUGUAGCAGUUAUAGUGUCUUUUUAACAUUAUAUGUUAUAUAACACCAAACAAUUAAGACUAUUUAUGUAGAUGUCAUGAGGCCUGCUUAGUAAAUGAUUACCAUUAAAAUUGGACCAUUUAAGCAAAAUUCUAAUAUAUUUUUUUAUAGCCCAGAGCUCCAGAUAAGCUGCGUAUUUGCGUGAUCAGUACUGAUCACGCAAUACAAAUAAUUAAAAACCCAAUGCAAUUGCCCAUUGCAGGGUUCAAAAACCCAAUUCAUUCAAAGGAAAACCCAAUUAUAUGCCAAAACCAUGAGUUCUUAACGCUUUUAUUCGCUAUCGUUUGCGUUAUUUACCCUUAUCUGAUUACAGUCGUCGCGUAAAUCUAUUUUUAUAAUAUUUAUAAUUGGAAAUGUCCUUUCGUUCUAAAAAUAGAGCCCUGCAUCAAGUAGCCGAAAUGGGUCCCUGUUGGAAUUUUCCGUUGCUCAAAAGGUACUCAUGUUUAUGAAAACAUUUCAAUCUUCUCGGCGUUUAUCCAAUUAGCGUUUGUCUUGUUGUCAUAUUUUUUUCAAAUUGCUCGGGAUUUAUCAUAACAUACAAUGAAUUAAAACGAAAGUAAAUAUCCGAUAAAAAUAUUGAAUAGAAGCAUGUUUUCAGCUUCUUUUUGAUACUUUAGGGAAAGUUAUUAUGAUGAUAACAAGACCCGUUUGCGUACCUUAACGAGAACAUUGCUAGAACGAUAAACACGGGGUUUUGUCAAGAACGAAAUCAGUUGGAAAAAGUGAAAGGCCAAAUCAAUUAUGACAUGAUAUAUGUAGUUGGAAAGCAUCAGAAACCAAAAGUUCUAAUCAGCUGGGACAACUAAACCCAGAUUUAUGUAAAUUAAAUUAAACAAAAACAUUCAAGUAUAA